GGGGUGAAAAGCGACCCGACCUGUUUGGGGGGUAGUGGGCGGACCGCGCGGCUUGUGGUGUGAGCGUCUGAGCCCCGUGGUGGGGGGUGGAGGCGGCUCCUGCGAUCAAAAGGAACUUGAGACUCACCGGCCGCGCGCCAUGAGGGCCCUGUGGGUGCUGGGCCUCUGCUGCGUCCUGCUGACCUUCGGGUCAGUCCGAGCUGAUGAUGAAGUUGACGUGGAUGGUACAGUGGAAGAGGAUCUGGGGAAAAGUAGAGAAGGCUCAAGGACGGACGAUGAAGUAGUACAGAGAGAGGAAGAAGCUAUUCAGUUGGAUGGAUUAAAUGCAUCCCAAAUAAGAGAACUUAGAGAGAAAUCAGAAAAAUUUGCCUUCCAAGCUGAAGUUAAUAGAAUGAUGAAACUUAUCAUUAAUUCUUUGUAUAAAAAUAAAGAGAUUUUCUUGAGAGAACUGAUUUCAAAUGCUUCUGAUGCUUUAGAUAAGAUAAGGUUAAUAUCACUGACUGAUGAAAAUGCUCUUGCUGGAAAUGAGGAACUAACUGUCAAAAUUAAGUGUGACAAGGAGAAGAAUCUGCUACAUGUCACAGACACUGGUGUAGGAAUGACCCGGGAAGAGUUGGUUAAAAACCUUGGUACCAUAGCCAAAUCUGGAACAAGCGAGUUUUUAAACAAAAUGACUGAGGCGCAAGAAGAUGGCCAGUCAACUUCUGAAUUGAUUGGUCAGUUUGGUGUUGGCUUCUAUUCUGCCUUCCUUGUAGCAGAUAAGGUUAUUGUCACGUCAAAACACAACAACGAUACCCAGCACAUCUGGGAAUCUGACUCCAAUGAAUUUUCUGUAAUUGCUGACCCAAGAGGAAACACUCUAGGACGGGGAACAACAAUUACACUUGUUUUGAAAGAAGAAGCAUCUGAUUACCUUGAAUUGGACACAAUUAAAAAUCUCGUCAAGAAAUAUUCACAGUUUAUAAACUUCCCUAUUUAUGUGUGGAGCAGCAAGACUGAAACUGUUGAGGAGCCCAUGGAGGAAGAAGAAGCAGCAAAAGAAGAAAAAGAAGAUUCUGAUGAUGAAGCUGCAGUGGAAGAAGAAGAAGAGGAAAAAAAACCAAAAACCAAGAAAGUUGAAAAAACUGUCUGGGAUUGGGAACUGAUGAAUGACAUCAAACCAAUAUGGCAGAGACCAUCAAAAGAAGUAGAUGAUGAUGAAUACAAAGCUUUCUACAAAUCAUUUUCAAAGGUAAGUAUUAUUUUAGAACUCUAUGUGCGCCGAGUAUUCAUCACAGAUGACUUCCAUGAUAUGAUGCCCAAGUACCUUAAUUUUGUCAAGGGUGUUGUGGACUCAGAUGAUCUCCCCUUGAACGUUUCCCGGGAAACUCUUCAGCAGCAUAAACUGCUUAAGGUGAUUAGAAAGAAGCUUGUUCGUAAAACUCUGGACAUGAUCAAGAAGAUUGCUGAUGAGAAGUACAAUGAUACUUUUUGGAAAGAAUUUGGUACCAACAUCAAGCUUGGUGUGAUUGAAGACCACUCAAAUCGAACACGUCUUGCUAAACUUCUUAGAUUCCAGUCUUCUCAUCAUCCAAGUGACAUUACCAGUCUAGACCAAUAUGUGGAAAGAAUGAAGGAGAAACAAGACAAAAUCUACUUCAUGGCUGGGUCCAGCAGAAAAGAGGCUGAAUCUUCUCCAUUUGUGGAGCGACUUCUGAAAAAGGGCUAUGAAGUGAUUUAUCUCACAGAACCUGUGGACGAAUACUGCAUUCAGGCUCUUCCUGAGUUUGAUGGCAAAAGGUUCCAGAAUGUUGCCAAAGAAGGUGUAAAAUUUGAUGAAAGUGAGAAAACAAAGGAGAAUCGUGAAGCAAUUGAGAAAGAAUUUGAGCCUCUGCUCAAUUGGAUGAAAGAUAAAGCUCUCAAGGACAAGAUUGAAAAGGCUGUGGUGUCUCAGCGUCUGACAGAGUCCCCGUGUGCUCUCGUGGCCAGCCAGUAUGGAUGGUCUGGCAACAUGGAGCGGAUCAUGAAAGCUCAAGCAUACCAAACAGGCAAAGACAUCUCUACCAAUUAUUAUGCCAGCCAGAAAAAAACAUUUGAAAUUAAUCCCAGACAUCCCCUAAUCAAAGACAUGCUUCAACGGGUUAAGGAAGAUGAAGAUGACAAAACUGUUUCAGAUCUUGCUCUGGUCUUGUUUGAAACGGCAACACUGCGGUCAGGAUAUCUGUUACCAGACACUAAAGCAUAUGGAGAUCGAAUAGAAAGAAUGCUUCGCCUCAGUUUAAACAUUGACCCUGAUGCAAAGGUGGAAGAAGAACCGGAAGAAGAACCUGAAGAAACAACAGAGGACACCACGGAAGACACGGAGCAAGACGAGGAAGAUGAGAUGGACGCAGGAGCAGACGAAGAAGAAGAAACAGUAAAGAAAUCUACAGCUGAAAAAGAUGAAUUAUAAAUUAUACUCUCACCAUUUGGAUCCUGUGUGGAGAGGGAAUGUGAAAUUUAAGUCAUUUCUUUUGGGAGAGACUUGUUUUGGAUGCUCCCCCCAGCCCCUUCUCCCCUGCACUGUAAAAUGUUGGGAUUUUGGGUCACAGAAAGAAGUGGGUUUUUUAGUUGAAUUUUUUUUAACAUUCCUCAUGAAUGUAAAUUUGUACUAUUUAACUGACUAUUCUUGGUGUAAAAUCUUGUCGUGUAUAAAAAUAAAAAAGAUCCCAAAUACUCA